AUGCCCACUCGGACACGCAAGCCCGGUAGCGUCACAAAGCCGGUGCUGACGUUGCGUCGAGUUCGGGAUACAUGCCUGCGCGAGCCGGCGCUUCUGCCUGAGUUUUCUGCACAGGUCACGUUGGUACACGCUGCGCAACCGCAGCUGCGCACAGCUGAAUUGCUAACCAAAGCCUGGCACUAUGCAGUAGCCCAGAAGUCCCCGCAUGCCCUAGCCCCCCGCGAUCCUGGCUCGGACGCACUUGCCAUUCCGCUAGAAAGCCUCUGGACGCUGCGUCGGCGAGUACGUGGCACAACACUAUCCAGCUUGACCACUGCUGCUGGAGUCUGGCGGCACUGGCGCAACGUGAUGCUCCUGAAUCGUAAGCAACGAGAGCUGCACCGACAUUGCCGUAGACUCAAGCAAGAACGCCUUGCCAGACUCCUUGCAGACGCUGCGGCUGCCCGUGACGGGCUGACGGGAGUUUUUCAGCUCCUGCGCGGCCUUGCACCGAAGGCGCCACGACGCAAGUUGCAGCUUCGGGCCCAGGAUGGCAUGCCCCUUAGCUCUCUUGGAACCAUAACCACAGUCAAAACAUAUUACCUGGAGCUCUUCAAUCAGUGCCAUUCCCCGACUCUAGGUUUGCCCCCGCCCAUUCCGCUUCAAAUCACACACUGUGAACUGAAGAAUGCCAUCGCGAGACUACCGGCCAACAAGGCACUUCCGAAGGCCGAAGCUCCGGCCUUGUUGUGGCGAGAGGCGGCUGAAGUUCUGGCUGGCAAGUGCCUGCCCCUACUCAACUCCUGGCUUUGCGAUAUGCGAAGCGACCCGCCUGAGAAUCUGAAUGUGGCUGAAAUCUGUCUUAUCCCCAAACCCUCCAAGCCGCUUAUUGGACCAGAGUCCCUCAGGCCCAUAUCGCUCCUUCCACCUCUUGCCAAAGCACUGGCAGCUAUUCUCAAUCACAGAAUACAGCCACAACUUCAGCUCGCUCUCGGCUCGCUGCCGCAGUUUGCCUACUCGGCUAACCGAGGCGUCGCAGACGCAGUUGACCGCGCCUUCACACACUGUAGUGCUGUUAGAGCUAUCAUGCGUACGCAACAGCAAACCAUACAUUUGCGCAGACAGGGCCACCAGCCCGAGGGGUGCCGAGGUGGCCUGACCUUAUCCCUUGAUUUACAGAAGGCAUUUGAUCUGAUGCCGCGUGCUAAGUUGCAAGAUGCGCUUGAACAGGCCAACAUUGACAGUGCCACAGCUUGGACCAUCAUGAACAUACAUGACCGAGCACGCAUGCAGUUUCGCCACGGCGAGCAUGUUGAAAGCAUUGGCACCUCUAAUGGGGUGCGUCAAGGAUGUGGCCUGGCACCGUCACUGUGGACGCUGUUCACUUGCUUGAUCCUACGCAAACUAUCGGUUCAUAUUCCCUUGAGCUGUAUCACCGCAUAUGCAGAUGACCUGCUCAUCCAAUGGAUCAUUAACACACAAGAUCAACUACUUGCAGCUAGGCGUGCCAUCAGUUACGUGUUUCAGGUUCUGCAGGAAUUCGGGAUGAAAAUCAGUGUGGAGAAAACCGUAGUACUCUUAGGAUUGCGGGGCAAGCAGGUACGCAACUUGCUGCGACAGUUUGUCGUGCAUGACCCGCACAAGGGGCGUGUGUUUCGAGUGCCCAUGGAGACGGGGGAGGUCCGCUUGCCAAUUGUGACGCAACACACUUAUCUUGGAGUUCAGCUGUCCUACGAUCGUUUCGAGCACCAGCUCCGCACCAUGGCCGAGGAGCUCACCCUGACGGACCAGCAGAACAAGGAGCUGGUGGCAGCGGACAGCCAGAUCUGGCUGAUGAGGAGCAUGCUCGACACGCAGCCGGGCAUGCUUGCAAUGAUGGCGACCGCGAGCCAAGCGGGACAGGGCAGCAGCGGCACGACAACACGUGCUCCGACUCCCUCUGCCAUCCCGCUACCGGACGGAGAGAAUCUCCUGGAGACGGAGGACGAGGAGCCACAGCUCGACUCCCUUCGCGACGAGCCACCUCCCCAGAACAAGCCGGAGCACAUGGACACUUCCUCUCGGGAAGGCAAGCGCGGGGACCGACGGGACGAGGAGCACCGGGGCAAGGGAGAUCGGAGCCACGGCCGUCACCACAAGGAGACCACGCAGAGCUGGGGCAGUCGCGGCAGCCAGUGGAAGACCUGGAGCCGGGACGAACGCAGCGGCCGGCAGGACACGGGAGCCUGGAAGCCACCGACUCCGAAGUUCUCAGACCGCGAGCUUCGGGAACUGUGUGUGGCGCUGGCUCGGCUGGCGUUGCGCCACGAGGACCAGUUCUCCAUCGAUCGCACGGAGAGCGGAUUCAUCCUCUUUCUCCAGACCCAGGGAGUUCUCAGCAUGGUGCCGGAGUUGGUGAAGGUUUCGGAAGUCUGGAAGCAGACCAAGACCGACAAGCCGGAGGAGAUCACGCUUCCUUUGAGGGCGGUGCUGCUGCAGCACCUCCUCACAGUCAUGACCCAGCGCCUGGCAGAGUGCACCAAGACGGAGCAGACGCUCCAGGAGGCCAGGGACAUGAUGAUCCUGGAUUCCCAGAACAAUGUGCCCUACCUCGGCUGGGACAAGAAAGAUCAGUGCCUGAAGGUCCGAACGGACAAGGAGCCCAUGACCCUCGACCAGGCGGCCAAGCUUCUGCAAGAGCUCCAGGCACUGAUCCUGCUGCCCCACACGGUGCUCCGCUUCCACUCAACCCGGAAAAUGGUCCGGGACCAUGGCGGCCAGAUCUUGCCCAUGAUGCUCCAACUGGGCAUGUUCAUCGCAUCUGCCACAGCGGCCUUUGCCGCACAGUCAUCAUGA